GAUAAACUGUGAGUAUCAUAGCCUUUUUUGGGUUCACAGAUUUUAUAUUCUUCUAUAUAUGUUCUAUUAUUCAUGUCAUAAUGUAAUACUACCUUUAGCCACUAUCUAUGUCCCCUUAGGAUCCACCUAUUCAGAAAACUGAUGGUGAAUUUCUCACCUCAAAAGUUGAAACUUUGUUGAUUAUUGAAGUAAGUAGAGUGCCUGAAUAUACUUUUUUGUAAACUUUUUCGCAAACUUUCUGUACAAUUUUUUUUGAUUGCAUGUAUAUAUUUAUGAUAUGUAUUAUUUGUAGACCCAACCGCCUGACGAAGACUCCUGUGAGUCGAAACCGGUUGCAGGUUUGAGUCAAGUUAUAUGAGAACUGGAGUCUACUCAUACGUAACAGAGAACAGGACAUUUACUUACAUGAAAAACUUGGCUUUAUACUUCAAGAGAAGAACCGCUGGUUUCUACUUCUAUGCGAUUGGAACAGUCAUGUUUUUUGGAUAUAGGUUAUUGUAAUAUAUACAUUGAGUUUAUUUGGUUAUUUUCAUAUUACCACAAGCAGUGGAUUUUGGUCUCCACAGUUUUAGGGGAACCUAUUGUUCUUUUAAGUUUCUCCAAAGCCAUGGCUCUGGAAAGCGUCUGAUAAGUAACAAAGGACUGCCAAAGGGCUGCCCUGGAGGAAGAAUGUCCCGAAAGGAGAGAGAUGGUGCAAAAGGCCAAGCCCCGGAGCUGAAGACGCCUCAUUUUCCUGUCCUCACUGCCUCCUGGAAGCCCAUCCCUUUUGUGAAGCGGUCCCUAAUGUCAACAGGCUCAAUCUUCGGCUUGAUCGGAUUAGGAGCCGCUGCCAAGAGUCCUGGGGACGGGGCGGGCGCUUGGGUGCCUUCCCUCGAAGCUGCUUCGGGGCUUUAAGCUGUCCUUUUGCUCCCUCCCUCCCUCUUUCCUUGCCUUGCUGCAUCGCUUUAGCUGGGAAAAAGCCCACGAUCGCCUUCCUUCCAACGCAAACGCGGCAGGGAGUCUUCCCCUCUCAUCUUCCCAUCCGGGAUGAAAGCAACGCCUCGUCGCCCCAAACGCUUGGAGUCGCCUCGCUCAGAUUUCUUUCCUGCUCCGAAGAUUUCAGUCGAGACAACAGCAUCUUGGAAGCGCCUUUUGCCAGUCAGGUGUAUUUGGAUGGAUAGAGAAAGUGGCUGAGAUCUAGAGAAGAGUUCUGAGAGCCUGUAUUAGGAUACAUUCCCUCUGCACAAUGAAGAAGGUGCUUUUCCCUUAACUUUUUUUGCUGGACUUUUUUGUGCUUUGUCCCUGGAGGAAAGUGGUUUCUAUGUCUUCUGCUUCUUUUUCCUUUCAAGAUCCGCAAGUUGGGAGUUUUAAGUGCUUUUAAAGGUAUCCUCUCCCAGGGUUGCUGUGAGUUUCCCAACCUUUGUGGCUAUGUUCCAGAAGCAUUCUCUCCUGUCGUUUCGCCCACAUCUAUGGCAGGCAUCCUCAGAGGUUGUGAGGUCUGUUGGAAAACUAUGCAGGUGAAGUUUAUAUAUCUGUGGAAGGUCCAGGGUGGGAGAAAGGGCUCAUGUCUGCUGGAAUGUUGCAAUUAAUCACUUUGAUUAGCAUUGAAAAGCCUUGCAGCUUCAAGGCCUGGCUGAUUCCUGCCUGGGGGAAUCCUUUGUUGGAAGGUGUUCGCUGGCCCUGAUUGUUUCCUAUCUGGAAUUCCCCUGUUUUCUGAGUGUUGCUCUAGAAUCAUAGAAUAGUAGAGUUGGAAGAGACCUCAUGGGCCAUCCUGUCCAACCCCCUGCCAAGAAGCUUUAUUUACUGUUCUGAUUUUAAAGGUUUUUUUUUAAUACUGGUAGCCAGAUUUAGUUCGUUUUCAUGGUUUCCUCCCUUCUGUUGAAGUUGCCCACAUACUUAAUGGAUUUCAGUGGCUUCUCUGUGUAUCCUCUCUCUCUUUUCCUCUGCUAGAGGACACUGGUUUAGUCGUGUCAUCCUAAAGUCCUCCAAGCUGGGUUUGGCUAGGUGUUGAGGGACCCUUCUGAGAAGGGAGGUUUCUUUUCCUCUGCCUUCAUGGCUCUGGUUUGAGACUUAUGGGCUGAAGAGACAAGUUGAAGCCUUUUGCCUUGGACGUCCACGCCAGGCUGGGCUUCUGCUGCUGUUUUUCUCCUUUUUCUCCCUGCUUUUGUCUCUCCCUGAAAGUCUUCCGCUCCUUUCUGGAUGGGAGGCCAUUUUGCCCCUUGAAUUGACAGGUUGUUGAUGUUGGUUGACGUAUUUUUAUGUUUUUACUCUGCUGUUUUUAAUUAUUUUAAUUAGAUUGUUUGUGUGGUAUUAUAGCUUGUAAUCUUUGUUUAUGCUGGGCUUGGUCCCCAUGUAAGUUGCCCUGAGUCCCUUCUGGGAGAUGGUGGCGGGAUAUAAAACUAAAGUUAUCAUUAUCAUUAUCAUUAUCAUUAUUCCCCUCACUUUGGGCAGGAAAAGUAUUCACUUUGGCAGAGACAGUGCUGGAUUUACCAUUGUGCUUAGGUGUGCUUAAGCACAAGGCCCAUUGACCUAGCUGACGAUGGAUUUUGGUUAUGUGCAAUUUUAAAUUUGAAGGUGUUCUGUUUCGGAGGGAGCGAUUCCAGACAUUAUGAUAGAGUUGAUAGUCUAUAGGAGUGUGCCACAAAGCAGGAAGUGUAGGCCGACCAGGCUGAGCUUCAAGGCUCAAGGAAGGGGCCUCAUAACUUAAACAGCAGAGAGCCUGGUUUGUCCAAAAUCUGGCACUAGGGAGGCGAGGUGGCGAUGGUACUUCUCUCCGGAGAUGGGAAGGCAGCCGGGGAAGGACGGAGCCCCUCCACGAAGCACCUCCAGCCCCCACCCUUCGACCACGGGGGGCCCUCGGGAGUCGAGGCCCAAGCGGAGCCCCUCGGAGGAGGCCAUGCUGUUGUUGUUGUGUCUGUCUCACAAGGGGAGGGGGCACCUGGCGAGGAGGAGGUGGAGAACUAUGAGGAGGACUAUGAAGACUUGGCAGACUUCUCAGAUUUGCUGGAAACACGGAGCCUGGCCUCGGAGGACUCCUUCUACCCACCGCGGGAUGGGGAAGAAGACGAGGUGGAGGAGAGAGAGGAGAUCUGGUCUCUUGGUGAGUCGGAGGGGUCACCCAGCCCUGAGCCACCACCCUCCUUUUUCCGCACCUGCUGCACCAACAAUGCUGCCGCCCUCAAGACCCUCAUCCGACAGGGGCCCGAUGAGGAACAUGUCCGGGAGACCGACCGCAAUAAGCGGACUGGCCUUAUUGUUGCCUGUUACCAAGGGUUUGUGGAUAUUGUAAUAGCCUUAGCCCAGUGCCCUCACAUUGAUGUAAACUGGCAGGACAAUGAAGGGAACACGGCUCUGAUUACAGCUGCCCAGGCAGGACAUAUUACCAUUACACAGCAUUUGCUCAACUAUUAUCCUGGCCUUGAUAUUGAAAAAAGGAAUGUCUUUGGAUUUACGGCACUCAUGAAGUCAGCAAUGCAAGGCCGUAGCGAAUGCGUCAGAGCCUUAAUGUUGGCAGGGGCAAACAUCAAUGCCACAGACCCAGGCCGUGGGUUCACUUCUCAGGAAUGGGCAUGUUUCACUGGAAGAAUAGAAGCUGCCUAUCUUAUGCAGAGACUUAUGAACAAGCCAUCUGCAGAACAGUUUUGUGACCACUAUGAGCUAGAAUGGCCAAAGAUGAAGGAACUUCUUGCCAAGGCUGCAGAGCGGAAAACCUGUUUGCAAAGGAUUUCGGAAGGCGUGCGGUCUGUGGUCGGUUACAAAGCUCCCCAGGGCCCCGAAGAAGACGGCGUGCUUGAUCAUAUGGUCAGAGUGACAACAGGAUUGAGAAGCUCUUUUGUUGCCAUAGCUUGCAGGACUGUGUGCCCUGGUAGCCCACCAGGACUAGGAAAACGCAGGCCUGCGGUCCAAGAAAUCCUUCGGAAACAACGAGCUAAGGAAAUCCGAUCUUUAGAGAACACGGAACAUUUUACCAGCUAUGAGAGGCUGUUUCAGAACUCUAGAGUCACAUUAGUCACCAAAAAGAAGGAGCGAAGAGCCAGCCUGCAGCCUUUCAAUCUCAAUGUACCCCAGGUGAACAUUGUGGUCCCGAGGAAAUCCAGCCUGUUGCCACUGCACUUGCUGAGGAGGAGCAGUGUGCGCCCUGGAUUUGUCAUUCCCAAAGUCCGCGUCAGCAAGGCACCUGCACCGACUUUCCAGCCAGAGAAGGUGAGACGGAAAAGUAGUGCCAGCGAUGGGACAUACCUGGAAAUUCCCAAAUGGAGGUAUAAAGAGCUGAAAGAAGAAAGGAAGAAGGCAGAGGAAGAGGAAAAGAAAAAAGCAGAAGAAGCUCAGAAACAGAAGCAAAGGUCUCCCCAGAAAAGCAAAACUUGACACAUGUGGUAUUGCUAUGACUCUAGACUUAACAAACACACAGGCCAACAAGUGGUGCGGAGAAAACCGUGCAGCAUAAUUACUUAAGAGGAGCUGGAGGCAUCGUUCCAAAGUGCAACGGAUACAUUAAGGAAUGGCUAAGGAGUAUAAGGAGAGAUUUGGGGAAUAUAUGAGCGGCUUUAAAAUGUAGAAAAUAUGGUGUUUAAUAGAUUGUAAGUCUAUUGUAAAGCAGCCAUCUUCACAAAAGAGGACAAGGGAUAAUUGGAAUAAAGGGAUAAUGAAUAAAAAAAACCAGAGAGACAGAAAGAUGUCCUAGAAAAUAAAAUAAAAAUUGGGUGAUUGCAUAUGCUUGCCAGGGAAUCUCUGAAUUGUUACCCUAAAUUGAAUUAAAAAAAAUAGAUUACAUAAAGGAGGACAGCCUACAGAUUUUGUGUUACUAUAUUGUGGGUUUUUAAAAAAAAAAAAAUCAGUGAAAGUAAAGGGCUUUUGUUUGCUGUCAAUAUCAAACCCUUCCUAAAGAAUGCAAACAUCUCAGGGUAUUUUCCAGAAGAAUAUUAACUUAUUGAUAAACAUUGUAAAUAACAUUUUGAUCAUGAGCUAUAGAAUGACUAGAAAUGAUACUUGAUGUAUUUCCUACUGAUGAAUGAGAUUUUAUUGUUGCAGAUUGUACAAAGUGGGCUAAUUCUGAACCAAACUGCAACUCUUCGAUGGAUCCUCCCUAAAUCAUUUUCAAUGCUAUGUUUAACUCAUAUCAUGUUUUAAAUCUGUGCUUCCUCUCUUGAAGCUUUGGGACAUUUUGUACUCAGAAAUCAGGCUGACACUACCAUUACCUAGUUAAUCCUGAAGAGACGUUACAAAGAGGAAAAGGGAUAAUUUUUAGACAUUUCAUCUGAUUAUUUAAUAAUUUUAUGUCCUAUGUUUCUCUCGUUUUAGUGAGUCCCAGGUGGGCUCAAAUUCAGCUGAAAUAGCAAGGAAGUGCUGUAUAUACUCAUGUAUAAAUUCACCUCCUGUAACAGUCAAGGGCAGGUUUUGGGGCCAAAACUAUGGAUUUGAUGUCCAUGUUAUUUUUGUUGUUAAGAGUUAAGGUAUAGUACUUACAUUGACCCAUGGAUAAUAUGAUCUAGGUGUUUUGACUAAAGGUUCUAUACUUAUACAUGAAUAUAUACUGUAAGGAAAAUCAAUAGUUUUUUAUUUCCAUUGUAAUCACAGUUUCUGGCAUAUUUGGUAGCAUUAUGGGAAGUUGCCAUAUUGGCUGUGAGUAAUCUUAAUGCAAAGAUGUCAUUUUCCUCGAGUAUCUAUGAUGAUAAAUCAACAAAACCCCGAGUAUUUCUUAUACAACCCACUUAAAAAUAUCACCCAUCUAUUAAAAAUUAAGGAGAUGGUUUCUGUAGCACAAUUCACUGAAUUGAUAGCCCCUUACAACAAUCUUGCACAUAUCCUCUAAGUUUCCACUGAAUUCAGUGGUAGUUUACUUUGACAUGCAUGCAGCCACUCUAAAACAUCCAUAUUUAAUACAGACAGGAGUUUGCAUUACUUUGCCUAUUUUCUGUCAGCUAAAACAGUAAGCAAUACUCAAUUUCAGUAAGGUUCACCAAGCUGAAAAGGUGUGGGUAACAUUUUCAAAGACUAUUUUUAUACUCAGAGUACUAGCUUUUAGAUAGAUGCCCAGGGCUAACCGUCUACAUGUAUCUCUCUAACAAGCUCUGUCAGAGAUGACAUAUUUUUAUUCACAGCCAACACAAUCUAUUUACAUAUCAAAUCACAGAGUCAGUUUCUUAAAAGCAAUCAGUUCUGACAAGAAUGUACACAAGUUUUCACUUGUAUUAUCGUCUAAAGGACAGUUUCGGUUGAAAAGCACUAUUGCAUUCUCUCUCAGGGAUGAAGCUAAAGGUAUAAUUGUAAAGAACUCAGGCAGGGGGGGAAUCUUUUUUCCCUUUCUUCUUCUUAUUCACUUUAGAUGGUAGCGUAACUUAGUUUAGAAUAUGUGUGACAGAGGCUUGGAUGUUGAAAGAACAAUAACAAGUUUAUUUCAGGCACAGAGCUUAGUGGUUACAAUGUUGCUUCUCAGAGUUACACUUUCUUCAACAGUUGCAAAACUAUAUUGAGGUGUUCCAAACUUCUUAAAAUGUCAGUUCUUUCUCCACUAACAGACUACCUUAAAAUAAGUCACCAAACUUAUUUUAUCCCUGAUCCCCUAACUUAGGAUCAGUGUUCCCUGAGCUUCACCAGAGCCCAGACUAAAAUCAACCUUCCCUGUAGUUCUCUGACCACAGACUGACUGAGUUUCUUUUCAAACUCUCUUCUGCCAAAUGACAGUUGGCUCCGCCUACGUUUCUAUGGCAACCUGUCUCAGAAUGCUAAGAUGCAAUAACUGUGAUACUUACCCUUUUAAAACAUAAACACACAAUUAAACAUAACAUCUGUAAACCAAAUUCAUACUUCAUUACAAUAAUGCAUUUGUAUCUAUUUGAAUUAUUGCAUGCCCUACUUCUUCAGUGUUGUUUGGGACCAAACUGAAGCUGGAUAACUUCAAUAUAGUCUCAGUCUGAGCAGUCCACAUAUAGCCAUUGCUAUACAGGUGACCCGUGUCGAAAUGGGACACUUCAGGCACCACUCUUGGGAGGAAAGGCAUCACGUAUGGAAUACACAAGACUGGAAAGGGAGGAUGUACUAUUUAGGAAACUUUGGAUUUAACCCAUGUCUUCUUAUGGCUCAGAGUGCUUUCAGAUGUCACUUUAUUCUUGGGGAAAGUAUUAUCAGGUAGCUGUGACCUCCAUACAUGUGUAGACAAUGUAUGUGAACAGUAGCAAAAGGCUCAAGCCAUUCCAGGAUGUGAAUCAUAGAAUCAUAGAGUUGGAAGAGACCUCAUGGGCCAUCCAGGCCAAACCCCUGCCAAGAAGUAGGAAAAUCGCAUUCAAAGCACCCCCGACAGAUGGUCAUCCAGCCUCUGCUUAAAAGCUUCCAAAGAAGGAGCCUCCACCACACCUCAGGGCAGAGAGGUCCACUGCCGAACAGCUCUCGCAAUUAGGAAGUUCUUCCUAAUAUUCAGGUGUAAUCUCCUUUCCUGUAAUUUGAAGCCAUUGUUCCACAUCCUAGUCUCCAGGGCAGCAGAAAACAAGCUUGCUCCCUCCUCCCUAUGACAGGGCAAGGGCUUUACCCAUCAUUAUGCAGUUACCUGGAUCUUGGCAAAUGUGAGUAUUCGCUCUUCUUAGACAAACUUCAGGGAAAACCACUAGAAUGUAAGCACUCUCCUGAGAUCAAAUGAAUCAGAAAUGUAUUUUUUGUGUCUAUGGAAAACUUUGAUACCUCAAAAGCACUUAAACAUUAAAAAAUAUAUGAUAGGUAUGAAGACUGGCUUUCAGUUAUGUAGGCAUGAGAUUGUAAAAUGAAAACAUACAUUACUUAUAUUGUUCCUAGACUAUCAGGCUUCUGUGAUUUAUUGGUAAUACUAUGCUGUUAUGCAAAGUCAACAUUUGACUUUUUUUUAAAAAAAAUGAAAUAAAAUAAUGUCAAGCUGAAUAAGAUAGACAUGAAUGCAUUGUUUCCCCCAGGUGUAUACUUCACAACUAUCAAUUGAUUUUCUCCUCUUUAUUGGUUAUAAAGCUUUGUAAAACGGUACAGCAAUCUUUGCACAAGGCAUUAUGUAGUAAUUUUAUACUAUGUCUAGGCAUCUAGACACAUGUUAUUUCUGGAAAGACUUAAAAUCUCUGUUAGAACUGCACUGCAAUUUUUCUAAUCUGUUUUCCUAAAAUGAAAGUCAAUAAAAAUAAAUAAUCAUUCAAUUCA